GUGCUGGCCCACGCGAUGCGCGCGCUGGCCACCCUGCUCCCGUGCCCCCGGGUGCGCGAGGAGCUGCUGCGGACGCAGCCGCAGCUCCUGCGGUGCCUGGCGCUCGCGGGCGAGGCCCUGGACGUCUCCGCGGUGAGGUCGGUGUGCCGCUGGCUGCCCGGCAUCCCCUGCCGGGUGUGGCAGGCGCCCGGCCGCGCGGACGCCCCGCGGGCGGCGGAGGGCGCCUGGGCGCCGCCGUCGCAGGAGGCGGCGGAGGCGGAGACGGAGGCGCAGGAGUCGGACGACGACGUGCUCAUGGCCGACGUCUGA